AAAAACAAAAAGGACAGAAGCGGUGUACGAUAUAAACUUAUGGAAAAUACAGAUUUAUUGGUACAAUAAGUGAGACACGAAUAAGGAGGUGUUUCUAAUAUAUUUCUUAUAGCAAUAAUGACUACUGAAGCAGAAAAGAAUUGUUUCGUUUGCUCAAAAACCGGCGGCAACUUGAACAUCUUCACCACUUAUAAUAUCUGCAAUGACAAAGAGGAAUUAUACGUUGAAGUCAUUAAAAACUGUUUCAGCAUUGAGAUUGGGCGGGACUCAGGUCUCUAUGCGAUGUGCACUGGUUGCAGCAUUAAAUUGAGAAGGGCAUAUACAUUUAAAAAUGAUAUAAUACAAGCAGUGAACAAGUUGGUUGUUUUACAAGAUGCUGUUGCAGAAGAAACUGAAUAUUCCAAGCUUGAAUACUUCGAACAUACAUUUGAAAACGACUAUGACAUCAAGUCGGUCCUCAACCCAGAAACCGGACAAAUAUCUUACACCUUAGACAAAAUCAAUGAAAAUAAAGAAACAAACGAACUUGAUACUUAUAUGAUUGAUUUAGAAAAUGAUGUCAUCAUCACUAAGGAAGAGGCAGAGCAGAAAGUGAAAAAAACUCAACGAAAAAACGAAGUUGUUAAAGAAAACUUGCCUAACAAUAUUGAAAGUAAAGUGAAACCAAGAAAGACUAAGAAAAAGAAAACUGUAGAGAUCAAUCAUGAAAACUCUGAUAAAGUAGAAAAUAAUAUAAAAGAUGAUGUAGGGAAAGCUUGUAAGAAAAUCAUAACAAUAGAAGGGAAUUUGGUGAAUGCACCAAGUACUGAUCAAGAGGAGAAAAAUAAAAAGCCAAAGAAAGUAAAAAAUGCCAAAAAGCCCAAAUUCACCCUCGAGCCGGGCCAGACGCAGUGCUCCCUUUGCACCACCCAGUUCGAAACGAACAAGGCCCUACGAGUCCACAUGAACGCGCACUUCCCGGACCAUGUGUGCGGGGACUGUGGAAUGGCUUUUGCAAGUCAACAGAGACUGCGGUCACAUGUAUAUCAGACGCAUAACGCUGAGGAGUCGCAGGCCUGUAAAUAUUGUGACAAGAUUUUCACCAACGUGAACACCCGCAACGCACACAUGUGGCGCGUACACACCAAAACCGACCCGUACAAGUGCGCGCAGUGCGGCGAGCGUUUCAAGACGUACCUCAAGCGGCUGCGGCACAUGCAGGCCGCGCACGGAGACUCGGUCACCGAGUACCCGUGCCAGUAUUGUGACAAGAAGUUCGCGUAUGCUGCGUACAGGACGAAGCACGUGCGCACGGUCCACCUGGAGGCGCGGCCGCACAAGUGCGCGGACUGCCCCUUCAGCUUCGCGCGGCGCCGCGAGCUGGCCGCGCACCGCGCCAGCAAGCACGGCGACGGCGAGCUGAAGUACCAGUGCCAUGUGUGCGACAAGAAGUUCUUCUUCAACACGGCUCUGAAGUUCCAUGUCAAUCUGCAUAACAGACACACCUGCACCCAAUGUGACGCCAAGUUCACCAGCAACGAGAACCUCGAGGCGCACCUGAAGACCCAUGACCCCCAUGAGCCCCUCGACACGUCUCUAGACGGCCUUCCGAUCCUGGACUCAUUGGAGUUUAACGAGUUAGCCGACUAUGCGCUGGACUCAGCCUUCUGGGUCCUGGGGAACGAGUUGUAGAUGGGUGUAACUUUCAUUCGUUGCCAUGGUUACAUCCUUAGAUCAACGGUCGACAGAACCUCGAGGCCCUCCGAAGACCCACGAGCCCCUCGACGCUCUGCCGAUCCUGGACACAUUGGAGUUUAACGAGUUAGCCGACUAUACGCUGGACUCUGCCUUCUGGGUUCUGGGGAACGAGUUGUAGAGGGGUGUAAGUUUCAUCCGUUGCCAUGGUUACGUCCUUAGCUCAGUGGUGACACCUCGAGGCACACCUGAAGACCCUCGACCAGUCUCUAAACGCCCUGACGAUCCUGGAUAAGUACAUUAGAAUUUAAUGAACUGGGUGAUUACGCGCUGGACGCCUUCUGGGUCCUGGGGAACGAGUUGUAGAUGGGUGUAACUUUCAUUCGUUGCCAUGGUUACGUCCUAAGGAACCUCGUGGUGACACCUCGAAGCGCACCUGAAGACCCUCGACCAGUCUCUAGACACCCUGCCGAUCCUGGAUACAUUAGAAUUUAACGAACUGGCGGAAUAUGCUGGUAAUAGUUUAAAGUAUGCAAUUAGUUAGAAAAAGGGAGCUCAGAGUCCUUGUUAAUGCAAGUAGGGUUUAUAAGUACUAAAAUAGAGAUACUAAGUCGUUUGUCAAAAAAAUAAUAUUUGAUACAAGCUUUUCAUGGGGGAAAGUAGCAUCAUACGUACAGUCGCCAUCAGAUAUAUCGGAGCGCCCGAGGUGCUCACAAAUAUCCGAACACGCCUCUAUUGUCAAGGCGUUAGAGUGCGUGUUCAGAUAUUUUUGAGCACCUCGACCGCUCCGAUAUAUCUGAUGGCGACUGUACUGUAAAAUACUAUUAUCGCUGACUAUACUAUUCGUUCAAGAUACGAUUUUUCUAUUGAAAAUCAACUCUUCACACCUACGUUUUUAAAAUUGGCCACCUUUUUUUACUGAGAAAGUGCGUAAUACGACGCCCCGUAUAAUGUAAAGCCCGACCAGCAAUAUAUGAUCAUUGUCAAGAGGGCGCUGUUAUUCUCAUGUAUAGGGUGACAGUUCAGUUUAGUAUGAUAAAUGUAGUUCCAAUGAAAUUCCGCAAUAUGGCGCGUGAUCAUAUAUUACUGGUCAGGCUUUACGUAUACGAUACAAUAAGCCAACCUUCACGGGUUGAAGGGAACAUUAGGUAUAAGGAAAACCGAAGCUUAAUAGUAUAAUACAUUGUGCAACGAGGGGAGGGGGGGGGGAUGAAAUUUUGAAGGGAAUUUUCACUAUUCCUACCCCCGGAGUAACACAAUGUUUUUCAUCACACUUGCGAAGAAAAAAUUAAAUUUUAAGCGAAAUAAUUCUUAAAUACAGUGACAUUUCAAACAUUCGUCCGUUAUUGUCAUGUCUUGACAGGUUAGGCGUCGAAGGCACAGACCUAUUCGGCAUUCAGCCACUAUUGAAAAUUAUGUAAAAAUAUUUUUAAACAUAAAUAAAAAUAUUAAAUUAUAAACGUCAGUUUAAAGUAAAACUCAUUUACGCUACUUAGUUUGUAUGAAUUAGUGACAUAAUUAGAAAAAAACUACAACUCCCUAGUUUUUUCUUCACAAUGUAUAACUCCCGCGGGAACAAUAUAGGCCUUUGUCGUUCAGUACACCUGCAUGAAAUAAGAUCUUUUUCGAGCAAGUGUGAUGAAAAACAGAAAGCAACUGGUAACAUGACUAUGCUACAAAACAUCAAUUUGUGUUGAAAAAUAAAAACUUAUUCAAUAUCAAUAACAUUUUAGUUUUCUUUGAAUAUAAAAAAAGUAAUAAGCAAUAUUAGCUAUAAAAUUUGAAUGUGACACACAUUUAACAUGUAUAUUUCUUGUAUAUUCUUUUUUUAUCUUUAAGCCUUGUGUUGGGACUAUUGUAAUGUUUUGUCACUUGUACAUUUUGUAAAAUUGUCGAACGAAAGAGACGUGGCUGUAUGUUAGAAUGAGAAAAAAUCCCUCAUUCUUGCAAAAUUGUGAUUUGUAUUGGAUCCCUCUGUGAUAAGUACAAGUGUAUUUCCUUUUUUUUUUAUUGAAUCUCAGUUUUUAAUAUGAUGAGAGCAUUGACAUAUAUCUAAAGACGGGCCUUACGGACACUAAGAAUGGUGCUAGUUCAGUGGUGUCACUCGCGAAUGCGAGCCAAUCGUGCAGUCGAACGCAACUAGUUGCGACCAAUCGCGCGCGUGAUGCGAACUCGUUAGACUGCACGAUUGGCUCGAAUUCGUGUGCGUGACACCGCUGUACUGGCACCAUUCUUAUUGUCCGUAAGUCCUUAGAUAUAUGUCAAUGUAUGAAAGUUCUUUUAAGGGACUAGUAAAUUGAACAGACUGUCAAUGUAAAAAAAUCGAAAUAAUUAGAAAGAAAUUAGUAGUUCUUUAAAUAUUGGCAGUUUCAGAAGUUGAAGUUCUAAGAUAAGUAGUGUAAGUACGUCAGCAAUUGUAUGAUUAGUUAGAAUUGACAUUGUAACUUUUGUAUGUAUGUAGUGUAAUUUUUAAUACAUUUUAAAUAUGCGAAUGUGCCUACAGUGGCUUUUAUAGGUAAAAAACUUAAGUAGGUCACCUGUUGUAUGUAGUUGUGACGUGUGCGAAUAGACAUUUAUUUUGUUUGUGUGUGUCUUUUAAACAUGUAUUGUCUAUUCGAACACGCCACAACUACAUACAACAGGUGACUUACUUAAGUUUUUUACCUAUAAAAACCACUGUAGGCACAUUCAGCAGGUAUUUUGUAGGUACUUAAGUUUUUUACCUAUACCUUCGUUGAUCUAGAUAUUCUCGAAUAGGAAAUAAAACCGGGCAAAUACAAUAAUAUAAUUGAAACAAAAAUAUAUUUUACUUGUCAAAAAUUGCUACGUUUAGAAAAUCAGAAUUACAUGUCAAUAUGCCCUUCAACGUAUCAUUAGUGUAUUUUUUAUACCAUGUAUAUUUGUCCCGUCAUAUAUUUAUUGUAUUUUCCCUGUUUCAAUAUACAUAUAGACAUGGAUAUAUAAAACAAAAAGUGCGACAAGUCUAUACAACGCGUUCAUCCAAUAUUCAGUUCAUUGCCUGAGCCCCUAGCCAAUAUGCCAAUAGUCAACUCGCUGUAGCGUAGCGUAAUCAUCUCUCUGUUAUUCUUCCAUAUUAGUGCGACAGUAACAGUUGUGUUUCGUUCUACAGAGCGUAAAUUAUUGGUAUUUUGGCUACGCACCCUUGUGACGUCACUAACGCAGCAGCCCGCGUAGCCAACAUGCCAAUCGUUAACGCUCCGUAUCGAACGAUUCGCAACUGUCACUGUUGCACUAAUAUGGAAGAGUGAUAGAGAGAGAUGACUACGCUACGGAGCGUUAACGAUUGGCAUGUUGGCUUCGCGGGCUGGUCUCCAUCCAUCUUGCUCGGCGCUGGCUUCUGGCCUGGUACCGCCAACAUCGAAAAUUCGAUUUUCGUUAUCUCCCUUGCUGUAGUUGAGCGAAAGGGACGCAGAUAAUUAAAAUAAGACGUUUUCGAUGUUCUCGGUAGGCCUGGUUUCUGCUUCAAGUUCCGCAGAGUCAUCUAUUGAGCGAAAGUUGAAUUAUUUGAAAGAACUUCUCGGUUCAAUCAAUUUUGUUCGGCGCUUUUUUAUACCACGCCGGUGGCAACCAAGUGGCUUAGACCUCUGGUCAAAGUAACUCAACUUCCGUUCAAUAGAUGGCGCUGACUAUUGGAGGAACGAUUUUGUAUGGACACUUAGACACUGUCAGUCUUCUUGUUUUAUUUAUCUAUGCUAUGCUCCUAAGGCCUGUCCUUAGUAAUUAUUUCAAUGUACCUAAUUUAAACCACUGGAACAGAGCUUUUUUAUUUAUUUAUUGGGAAACAAACGGUCAAAUGUCAAAUACAAAAGUUAAGUUAAAUUCAACCAUGUUUCCUCUUCACAAUUGAUUUCAAAUUCAAGUGGCUUUUUUAUUGUACGGUGGGCUUUAGGAGGCUAAAGAAUAAUAAGCUCAUUAUUUAUAGUGUUAACGAAGGAAAACAAUUGUGGCUUUCCAUCAGAGAAGGGUCCUUGUGCACAUGGAGCAUAAGGACCCUUUAGGCAUUUUUUUUUUUUUAAUUUAUUGAAUAAACAAACAAUUUACAGUCUAGAAUUUAAUUUAAGACCCAUCGUAGGCAAAACCUUGAGGAGGUUUGUGUGCCGAUGGGGAGUUCAGAGAACAAUACAUAUAUUAAUGUCUUAUGUCUAAUUUAAAAAAAAAGAAAACAUUGUAGGAUUCUUAGUAUAAGUAGCUUGUGUCGUCUGAUGUCAAUAAGUGCAUUUUAAUUACUUUUUUUAUAUGUUUACCAUUUAAGUACUUUACACGAACAUCUUCUGGCAAAUCGUUUAAUAUUUUAGGUAAUAUUUUUAUAAAACGCCGCUUUUAAAUUUAUGUGAAUGAUAACUGCUAAAGCAGCGCUUGCUUUUAAUAUAUUUUGUGAAUUAUUAUAAUCGUAUUUGCAGUGCAUUUCUUAAAUAAAAAAAAUAUAUUA